AUGCGUCUUUGGAUGAAGUUGGUACUGGCUGCUCUCCCAGUGACGGUUCAAUCUGUGCUAGGACAGCGUGUAGUUGACCUCACUGGAGAUGGCUGGACGGUCAGCAGCAAGGCUCUGAACAUCUCGGUUCCGGGCCAUUUACCCUCGCAAGCGCAUCUGGAUCUUUAUGCUGCCAACGUUAUUGACGACCCGUACUACGGUCUAAAUGAUUUUAACUUGCGGUGGAUUCCGGAAAAUAAUUGGACAUACACAAGUCACCCAUUGGGCGGACUAUCUACUAACUCCAAAGCAUCAUGGCUUGUAUUCAAUGGCCUGGAUACCUUCGCUACAAUUGAGCUGUGCGGAGAGUUUGUCGGUACUACUGACAAUCAAUUCCGUCAGUACACGUUCGACGUCACCAAGAUUGUCAAUAACUGCAAGAGCCAUCCCUCUUUAUCGCUCAACUUUGGCAGCGCACCGAAAAUUGCCGACGAGAUUGCUAAGAAUCCCAACUCCGAAAAGUGGCCCUAUGGUCCUCAGCAGAUAUAUGAGUUCCCAAACCGCUGGUACAUCCGUAAAGAACAAUCAGACUUCGGUUGGGACUGGGGGCCAGCCUUUGCUCCCGCCGGCCCAUGGAGAGAUGCCUACCUCGUGCAGUUUGAUCGUGAAGAGAGUAUAUAUGUCCUCAACACCGAUCUCGACAUCUUCCGUCAGGGACAGAUAAACCAUCUUGCUCCGGAUCAGAGCAACCCCUGGGUGGUGAAUGCCAGCAUUGAUUUCCUUGGGUCACUUCCAAGCCACCCUUCAAUGCACAUUGAGAUCAAGGAUGUCGAAUCGGGCAAGGUCAUCAAGUCAGGCGCCCUCGAGAAUGUCCAUACAUCCGGCCAAAGCAUCACAGGAAGUAUCACAGUCGCUGCUGAUGCGCCCAAUCUCUGGUGGCCAACCGGCAUGGGCAAGCAAAACCUCUACUAUGCUAUCAUCACAGUGAAUGGCGCACAAGAAACUCUCGCCAGUGUCACCAAGCGAACCGGAUUCCGCACAAUUUUCCUCAACCGCUUGAACAUCACAGAUGAGCAAUUGGCCCAAGGAAUUGCACCGGGUGCAAACUGGCACUUUGAAAUAAAUGGCCAAGAGUUCUAUGCGAAGGGCUCAAACUUUAUCCCACCAGAUGCGUUCUGGCCUAGAGUUACCGAAGAAAAAAUGCAACGUCUGUUUGAUGCAGUUGUUGCGGGAAACCAAAACAUGCUUCGAGUAUGGGCAUCUGGUGCCUACUCACCAGAUUUUAUCUACGACAUAGCCGACGAGCGCGGUGUCCUCCUCUGGAGCGAGUUCCAAUUCAGUGACGCUAUGUACCCCAUCGAUGAAUCUUUCCUAGAAGAUGUUGCAGCCGAAGUCUCCUACAACGUAAGACGAGUGAACCAUCAUCCCUCACUCGCCCUAUGGGCCGGCGGAAACGAGAUUGAAAGUCUCGAGCUACCUCUAAUCCAGGAGGCAGAUCCCAAUCACUACUCCUACUGGGUCGGACAAUACGAGCAGCUCUUCAUCAGCUUGAUUCUCCCGCUGGUCUACGAGAACUCGCGGUCGAUUUCUUACAUGCCCAGUAGCACAAACAACGGUUACCUGUAUGUUAAUCUCUCGGCAACCGUGCCAAUGGCUGAACGCUAUGAUAAUACCACCGCUGGAGCCUAUUAUUCAGAUACAGACCAUUACAACUACGACAGUAGCGUUGCGUUUGAUCUCAGCAGCUACCCCGUCGGCCGCUUCGCGAAUGAAUUCGGUUAUCAUAGCAUGCCAAGUCUGCAAACCUGGCGUCAGGCCGUUGAUGAAAAGGACCUGCACUUUAAUAGUAGCACGGUCAUGCUUCGGAACCACCACUACCCGCCUGGUGGUACUGAGACACACAACUACAAGAACACGUCUAUGGGAAUGGCUGAGAUGACCAUGGCUGUGGAACAAUACUAUCCUAUCCCACAAAAGGAAAACUCCGUUGCUAAUUUUAGUGCCUGGUGUCAUGCGACCCAGCUCUUCCAGGCGGACAUGUAUAAGAGUGAAAUUCAAUUUUACCGUCGCGGUAGCGGAAUGCCGGAACGUCAGCUCGGUUCUUUAUACUGGCAGCUUGAGGAUAUUUGGCAAGCUCCCACUUGGGCGGGUAUCGAGUAUGAUGGCCGGUGGAAGGUUCUUCACUAUGUUGCAAGGGAUAUUUACAAGCCUGUCAUCGUUGCGCCAUACUGGAAUUAUACGACGGGCGAUCUUUCCAUAUACGUCACCUCUGAUCUGUGGGACACUGCGCGUGGAACUGUAAACUUGACCUGGGUCGACCUAUCUGGAAAGAGCAUUCCGGGUAAUGCUCAUACUCCGAUGUCGACGAAUUUCACCGUAGGUGGUCUGAACACUACCAAGAUCUUUGAGGCGAGUGUCUCGGAUUUGGAUCUUCCGGAUAAGACCGAUGCUGUCCUGGUGAUGUCUGUGACCGCGCAGGGUCGUCUCCCGAAUACGCAGGGUGUGACUGUCUUCAAGCAUCACAACCAGUUCACUCCUGUAUUUCCGAACGAGAUUGCACUGGUGGAUCCUCAGGUUGAGGUUUCCCAUGAUGCAAAGACGGGCCUGUUUACUGUCGAGGCUAAGAAUGGGGUGUCCCUUUACACUUGGUUGGAUUAUCCAGCUGGUGUUGUUGGGUACUUCGAUGACAACGCGUUUACACUUCUUCCCGGUGAGAAGAGACAAAUCGGUUUCACCGUACAGAAAGAUGAAACGGGUGGGAAGUGGAUUGAGGGAGUGACGGUCAAGAGUAUCUGGGAUCAGUCGACAAAAUAG